UCGAACAAGCAGAAGGGAGGAGCAUGUCUAAAACCAAACAAGCCUCCACACCCUACACAGUCUCUGGGAAGUUCCUCCGCAUUCCUGCCCCAAAGACACUCACACCUAAAUAUAAUACACAGAAGCUGGGAGAACGCACACACACUGAGGCUGGGACUGCUGUAGGACGUGGAGACCAGAUCCUCUUCAUCAACUCUCUGCCAGGUCUCACCAUGAGUAAGGCAGGAGGUGAUGAAGGUGAAGGUGCAGCCGGUGGUAGCAGCAUCAGCAGCACUGCAAAAGACCAGCAGCCGGCAGAUAAGGAUGUAGAAGGAAAGCUGCCAGGCAAACAGAGCACCUCCGCCGUUGGACCCGGCUGGACUAAGGUCACCUGCCCCUGCUGUGUGUCAGAACAGGUGGAGCCUCUGGUUCUGGUAAAGCUCGGGGCCAAGGUUCGGCCCGAGACAAAGAGGUGGCUCAUCAAACUGAUAGGAACUCCUCAUAGUGAUGGAGGCGCCGCCCUGCUGGCCCACCCGGGCGAGGAUACAGCCGGUGACAUCAUCGUGGUCUCCGCUCCACGUUGUACGCUACUACAAGGCACUGAAGAGUUAGGCCUUUGCAAACUAUACAGCGACGGGGACAUGGCGGCUUUCUCCCACAAUGACAAAGACAACUUUAAAGACUCAGACAACAUGGAGGCGUUCCUGACGCUCGCGGAACGCCAGUACAUAGUAAAGUACGGGCUGGAGAACAUGCGCACACAGAGGGAAGUGAAAGUCCCCGGUCUGCCUGACAGCUUCCUCCUGAAGAGCAGAGACAACGUCUGGCGGAAGCUGGGCUCGGCCGGUGUGAUUGCAGACAUGACUCCGCUCCACAGCCGGGCCAAGCUGAAGGCCCUGGGUAAAGCCUGGUACUCUGGGAGUCAGCUGAGUCAGCCGUUGGAUUCAGUCAAUGAGUAUUUUGGAAGCCCUGUGGGCUUCUACUUCAGCUUCCUUGAUUUCUACACGUGGUCUCUGCUCCCACCAGCCAUAUUAGGCCUGUCUCUCACCUUCUACUCAGGCGAGGCGCAGAAGGAGAUGGAGUCGGUCUCAGGCUCGCGUGUGGACGAGGAGACGCAAACAGUGUUGAGCGGUCAUGUGAUCCAGGCUGUGUUCAGUAUGAUCUGGUCCACUGUGGUCAUGGAGCUCUGGAAGCGGCGCAGCGCCACGCUGUCCUACCGCUGGGGGACCCUCAACCUGAGCGAGCGCUUUGCAGAGCCUCGGCCGGGCUUCCACGGCCAGCUGGGGCUCAACCCGGUGACUGGCCGCAAGGAGCCCCUCUUCCCCGGAUGGCAGAGGGACCUGCGGAUGGCGCUGGUGUCGGUGCCGGUGGUGGGGCUGUUUCUAGGGCUGGUGGUUCUGGGAAUGAUCUGUUUCUACUGGGGGGAGGCCCACAUAAAACAGUUGCACAAAGACUGGAACUCCCUGGUGUCUCAGACGUUGCUCUACUUGCCCUCAGUGGUUCACAUUGUCUAUACAAACAUGCUAGCCACCGUUUACAGGACAGUGGCUCAGUCUCUUACUGAAUAUGAGAACCACAGAGAGGAAUCAGCCUUUGAAAACCAUCUAACAGCCAAAGUCUUGGUGUUUACCUUCUUCAACAACUUUGCCGUGCUCUUCCACAUCGCCUUCUUCAAGCAGGAUGUGCCUUUACUUCGUAAGCGCCUGGCCUCUUUGCUCAUAGUGAGCCAGGUUGUGAACCAGGUGACUGAGGUGGUGGUACCCUUCCUGGUAGACCGGUACAUCAGCACCCCGCUCAGAGCCGAGACUGAAGAUGACCCACAGGAGGAUAAGUUCAGGAACCAAUGCAGCCUGCCCGCUUUCCCUGGCCUGUUCGCUGAGUACAUCGAACUCCUGGUGCAGUUUGGGUAUUUGAGUCUUUUCUCCUGUGUGUACCCUCUGACGGCCGUGUUGCUGCUCAUCAACAACGUAACAGAAAUCCGAACAGACGCCUACAAGAUGUGCAAGCUCUUCCGCAAACCCUUCGCCCCCCCCGUGGCCGACCUGGGCGUGUGGCAGACAGCUUUCGAGGUCCUGAGCUUCGUCUCCGUCGUGUCCAACUGCUGGCUGCUGCUCCUGUCGCCACAGUUACAAGCGCUGUAUCAAGACACCAGUUUGAGCAGUGUAAACAUUUUCCUGGUGGCAGUGAUUGUAGAGCAUAUACUGAUCUUGGUCAAAGUCACUCUGGCCUUUUUGAUCCCUGAUGAGCCGGAGUGGAUCUGGCAAAAGAGAGCGCGCAUCGAGUACAAAUCUAUGCAGGCCCUGAAGCAGCAGACACUGCAGUCCUGAUUUCAAGUUUCAAGUGUUGGCGUGUUGCUAUUUUCACCCUGUGCUGGGACGCUACUAGCAGCAGAUACAGCAUCGCCUUCAGUGUUCAGUGGACCUCAGAAGGAGGGAGGAUGCCCAGUGCUCACCUCUGAUCCUGCUCACAUUUAUUAAUACCACAUAUACUGUAAAUGGCCUGAUGGGUACAGGGUCCAUGUGCUGAUGCCCCGUAAGGAAAUUACUACAGAUUGAAAGAACUUGGUUGCGUAAAUUUAACAAGGGCAAUGACGGUGUGAAAAAUCAUCACGGUUACUGUGAUGAUUUUAAAUAUAAAGAGACUUUUUCCUGAAGAAAUGUGUAUUCAGGGAUGUAUGCUCAGUGCUACCACCUACAGUAGCCACAGGAUUCAUGACAGUAUCAUCACUGGAGAGAUCAUGACAAAGGAAACACAUUUUCUCAGCUCAGCUGUUUUGAAUUUAUGGCCCAUUUGAUUCUCCCUUCCUGCUAUUUAUCAUUUAUAGGAAAAAAAAACUCUAAUAAACCUGCUGUCAAUCCAAUAAGGACUGGUAUCCUCAGUGGUAUAGAUAACGUGCAGCAACUGUAAAUGACUGUUGCUAAUGUUGCUCCAUGUUUGUUGUGGCUUUUGUGGUUCAUUUGAUUAUACAGUAACAUACACCAGGGCUGUGCCCUAAGUGGACAAACAUCUGCUAUUUCAGACCUUAAGAAAGAAGUAUUGUGCUGAGCUGGGAUAGCUAAGGGCAAUUAGCGUGACAGUGAUCUCAAAAAUGAAAAAGCUUAUUUUAAAAUCGCUUAACUUUUGCUUUUCAGAAAUUAUUCUACACAUCAAAGGAACAAAAGGGGGUCAAAUGAAAUGAAUAUCUGGAAGGUAUAGAACAUAUUUUAUAUCUAUUCCUGCUCUAUUGAUGAUACUGUCAUUUGCUUAACAUAAUCUGCAAAAUCAUUUUUGUGCCAAUAUUUAAGAUAGAGAGCAACCAAAGAACCACUUUGUGCUUGGCAAUAUAUUUUAUACCUUUUUAAUAUGUCCUCACUACCUGUGAUCUGUGCUGCAACAACCAAUGUUCUGUAAAGGCCAAUACUCAAAAUCCUAUAGUGGUAUUGUGCUGAAAUAAUAGGAAAUUUAUGCAAACAGAGUGACUUGGGAAUUCAACCCUUUUAUCCACAGUUCAUUAAUAAUUAAUAAUGCUGCCGACCACCAGGGAGCACUAUACAUCCAUGUAAAGUAUGUUUAGUUUUAGCAAGUCUGCACAAGGAUGCAAAGGUGCUGAUAGAUGGUGAGGCUUCAGAUGCAUAUUAUUACUCCUGACACUCAUCAUAAAACUUGUGUAUGACGGCCUGUAAUGAAUUAUUGGACAUAAACCUUUGGUUUGAUGUGGAUCCAGGAUUUCAGUUGAGAGCUGAUAAUGCUAGUUGUCAUUAAAUAAACUUGGUUGGUUGUUGUUCCA